AUGCCAAAAUAUCGAACCCUAAAUGAUACAGUUGUCUUUAAUGUAGGUGGUACAAAUUUCCAAAUUCAACGUAGUCUAGUUCAAAGUUAUCCAAAUAGUUAUUUGGCAACUUUGGCUAAUUCCUCCGAAGGUCAAGAAAUAUUUGUUGAUCAUAAUCCAUUGGCCUUUAGUGUGAUACUCGAUUUUCUUCGAUAUAAACACUUAAUGGUACCAAAAAAUGUAGCUCAAGAUUACGAUGCUACGAUUGGAAAUUCGUCAUUAAGAGAUACAGUACUUCAGGCUUCAACUCGAAG